AUGGAAGACAAAUAUAUCUCAGGCUCUAAACUUUAUGGAUGUUAUUAUACAAGUGUGACUAAUGCCAAUGAUAUAUGGAAAAGUGAUAGCGUUUUAACAUUUUUUCUUCCGAAUUUCGCAGCUCAAAUUGCUUUCAUGUUGUUAGCUAAUCGUUGUUUAUACUACCUCUUUCGACCCUUCAAUCAACCUCGAUUUGUUGUUGAGAUUCUGGUAGGUUUCAUGUUAAGUCCAGAAAUAUUUGGGGAAACACUGUUUUUCCAACUUUUGGCUCCUGUAAAGUUAGUGGUAAUAAAUGAAACCAUAUCUUACGUGGGACUUGUUUACUAUGUUUUCCUUGCUGGAUUAGACAUGAACUUGGAAACAAUCACGAGGGCGAGAAAGAAAGCUACAACAAUUGCUAUUGCAGCUACUGUAAUUCCAAUGAUAAUGGGAGGUGCAAUGUAUACUUUACUUCAAAGCAUGUACAAAGGACCUCCUGUGUAUUUAUCGCAUUACAACACGUAUAAAGCUUAUAUGUUUUGGACAUUAAUCUAUAGUGUCACAGGUUAUCCUAUUGUUACUCAAAUCCUUGCAGAUUUGAAGCUUCUCUAUACAGGUCUUGGUAGAGUUGCUUUAACAGUAGCAAUGAUUAUUGAUUUCUUCAAUUGGGUUAUGUUUGCUUUGUUGAUUCCGUUCGCACUUAAUGAAAAGGUUGCUGUGUACUCGAUGAUAAGUACGGUAUCGUUUGUCCUUAUUUGUUUCAUUGGGAUUCGGCCUCAUCUCGUUCAGUUAGUCGUCCGAAAAACAAAUCAGAAUGAAUGGGAAAAUUGUCAGCUGUUUUAUGUUGUGAUGGGAGCUUAUCUUUUUGCAUUUAUUACUGACUUUCUCGGGACACACCCUGUUGUUGGUGCAUUAGUAUACGGAAUAAUGUUGCCGCGCGGUAAAUUUUCCAAUCUGUUGAUAGAGAAGACAGAGGAUUUUGCUUCUGUUUAUCUUGCUCCACUCUUCUUUGCUAGCUGUGGUGUGAGACUUCGAAUAUCUAGCGUCAUCCAAAGUCAAGGUUUGUCGCUUGUGGUGAUAGUUUUGGUUCUGUCAUGUAUCCCUAAGGUUCUGAGCACUGUCAUAGUAACUCAGUUAUUUGGUAUGCCUGUUCAUGAUGGUGUGGCUAUUGGAUUGCUUAUGAACACCAAAGAAAUCUUACCUCUAAUAAUGCUCAUUGUUGCUUGGGACAAAGAGAUAUUGAGUGUGGAGUCCUACACGAUUAUAAUGUUGUCUGUUCUUCUAAUGACGCUAUUGGUACCUAUUAUAAUCAAUGGUGUAUACAAACCAAGACGGCUAUACAAGCAAAACAAGCUAAGAACAGUACAGAAUCUAAAGGUUGAAGCAGAAGUAAAAAUUUUAGCUUGUGUCCACAAUCCUCGUCAAGCCAUGGGAAUGAUCAACAUUCUCGAAGCUUCCAACGCCAUAAAACUAUCUCGGUUACGCAUAUUUGCACUUCAUCUAGUUGAAAUAACGGGAAACACAGCAUCCCUUUUAGCAGCACAUAUCAAUCCACAAAGUGGGUCACAAGCCCUCACAGAAUCAGAACAAGACUUAGAAAACAUAACUUUCGCUUUCAAAGACUAUGCUGAACAAAAUGAAAAUGUCAGUGUUGAUACAUUUGCUGCAGUUUCAACCUACUCAACCAUUCAUGAAGACAUACACAUCGUAGCACGAGAAAAACAGGCAACGUUGAUUCUCCUUCCUUUUCACAAACAAUCAAACAUAGAAGGUAUUCUAGAAACAAUGAACCAAGCGUUUAAAGAUAUAAACCAAAAUGUGAUGAGAGAUGCACCGUGUUCUGUCGCAAUCUUUGUUGAUCGUGGUCUUGGUUCAUUGUUCAAAGUUAAUUUACGUCUACUUAUGGUUUUCUUCGGCGGUCCUGAUGAUCGGGAAGCGUUAGCACUAGCAUGGAGGAUGUCAAAGCACGAAGCAAUUCAGUUAUCUGUUGUGAGAGUUACUAUGUUAGGAGAAGCUGCUCAAGUUGAUUCAUCACCACAAGCAGAAUCAAAAGAACUAUUUUCUGCAGUGAUGGAUUGUGAAAAGCAAAAAGAGUUUGAUGAUGAGUAUGUGAAUUCUUUUAGACUUAAAGCAGUGAACAAUAAAGAUUCUAUAAAUUAUUCAGAAAAAGAAGUUCAUUAUGGCGAAGAUAUUCCUCUAGUGAUGGAAGAGUUGGACAAACUUGGAUAUGAUUUGUACAUUCUAGGUCAAGGGAGAGGAAGAAAUUCUUUGAUGUUGUCGGAUUUACUUAAGGGGGCCGAUUGUCCUGAACUUGGUGUUAUAGGGGACAUGGUUGCAUCAAAUAAUUUUGGUUCAUGUUCUUCGUUGCUUGUUGUACAACAAUAUGGUUUUGGAGGGAUGGUUUUUGAGAAUACCACUCAAAAUCCUGAUCAACUGCCUAAAAAUGAUUGUGAAUCUGGGGAUUUUUAUGUGAAGGUAGAACAAUAG